UUCAAUUACACCACCGAAUAGAUUAUCGCAAUUGCUGUCUCCCAGCAACGAAAACAAAAAUUCGUUAACAGAAAGUGUUUAUUCAGUUGAAUUUGGAUGAUUGUCCCGUUAACAUACUUCACCUCAACCCUUCUCAUUAAGACCUUAAGAAUUCGCCAAAAUGCGUGAGGUACUGUCGGUUCACAUCGGGCAAGGAGGUGUCCAAAUGGGCAACGCUUGCUGGGAGUUAUACUGUUUAGAACAUGGCAUUCAACCGGAUGGAAUGCUACCACCCACAAGUUGCUCAAACGAUGACGGUUUUCAAACAUUCUUCAGCGAAACCGGCGGUGGAAAAUAUGUACCUCGAGCUGUGUUCCUGGACCUCGAACCCACAGUCAUAGACGAGGUCCGAACAGGAACCUACCACCAACUAUUCCACCCCGAGCAGUUGAUCUCCGGCAAAGAGGACGCAGCCAACAACUACGCCCGAGGUCACUACACCCUAGGAAAGGAGAUCAUAGACCUGGUGCUCGACAGGAUACGCAAGAUCGCGGACAUGUGUUGCGGUCUGCAAGGUUUCCUGAUCUUCCACGCGUUCGGUGGAGGCACCGGUUCAGGCUUCACCAGCCUCCUAAUGGAACGCCUCUCCAUGGACUACGGAAAGAAGGCCAAGCUCGAAUUCGCGAUCUACCCUUCUCCACAAAUCUCCACCGCCGUCGUGGAGCCCUACAACGCGAUCCUAACAACCCACACGACCUUGGAACACUCGGACUGCGCUUUUCUUGUCGACAACGAGGCCAUCUACGACAUCUGCAGACGAAACCUGGACAUCGAACGACCCACCUACACGAACCUGAACAGACUAAUAGGACAAAUAGUGUCGUCGAUCACGGCUUCGUUGAGGUUCGACGGAGCUCUGAACGUGGAUCUCACGGAGUUCCAGACGAACCUGGUACCAUAUCCCAGGAUACAUUUUCCUUUGGCCACUUAUGCGCCCAUAGUGUCCAUCGAGAAGGCUUAUCAUGAACAGCUGACGGUGAUGGAACUCACGUCGUCGUGCUUCGAACCGGCUAUGCAGAUGGUUAAGUGCAAUCCACAACGGGGGAAGUAUAUGGCGUGCUGCUUGCUGUACAGGGGAGACGUGGUGCCCAAGGAUGUGAACGCUUCCAUUGCGGCCAUUAAGACUAAGAGGGCGAUACAGUUUGUGGACUGGUGUCCCACUGGGUUUAAGGUGGGAAUUAAUUACCAGCCACCAACUGUGGUACCCGGAGGUGAUCUAGCCAAAGUACAAAGAGCGAUGGCGAUGCUCGCAAACACAACUGCAAUCGCAGAAGCGUGGACAAGGUUAAACAGAAAGUUCGAUUUAAUGUUUGGAAAACGAGCAUUUGUUCACUGGUACGUCGGUGAAAGCAUGGACGAGAGUGAAUUCAACGAAGCCAGAGAAGAUUUGGCCGCAUUGGAAAAAGAUUACGAAGAAGUUGGCAUGGACUCGACAGACGCUGGCGAGGGUGAAGAAGAAAAUUAAACGUCUACUUCAUUUUAGAAGUAGAUCUUCAAGAACAGACGACUCAUCCCCUUUGUAUCGAUUAUACAUUAUUUUUAUUCAUUUUGUUCGUACUCGCUCUUUGUAUCAUUUU